AAAAAAGAAAGGCUGUGCUUGCUUGCUCAUUCCUAGACCAAAAAAAAAACAUGGCUUCUUCAAGUGAGUCGGCGAGCCAAGCCUCCAUUUAUACUACUUCCCUUCCCUCCCUUGAAACUACCGAUUGCUCUCAUGAGAGUGGUGGAGAGCCGAAGGUUCCUGAUGACAAUAUUCCUCCCCAAAACAAAAUCGAAGCAAACAGAGAUUCACCAGACGUCCCAAAGAGCAAUAAAGGACUCGGUUCAAUGUUUUCCGCAAGAUCGCGGUUUGACCGCUUGUCAUCCUUCUUCCCGUCACUAAUCAGUACUCACCAUGCAGGUAAUCCCGCAGGCGGCCUUCACCGCAAGCCGGUAUCCGACGAGUCUCCCGUUCAAGACAGACCACCGAGUCUACCGAGUCUCCCGAGCCUACCGUCAGUGUCAUCCGAGCAGAAUGAAGGACAUGGAACUUCGAUUUCGAAUGAACCUUCCGACAACUCCGCUACUGUCCGGGCCACCGCAGACCACAGCAGGAAUCCGUCUGGGGGCGAGAGGACAAGCCCUUCCGUGGGUAAACUGCACAAAAGUGCUCCGGUACUGGAGAAGAUACCUCCAGUCGAAAGCUUCGACGCACCCCAAAGGGUAUCAACCUUUCAUUUCACAGAGACUCAUUCGUCUCCUAAGCUUAAGAAAGAGCAGAGGCGGCGAAGUAGCUCUGUCACUAGCAGUAGUCACAAACCAUCAAAUUCUCAAUCAGGCCUAGCGCCUCGACAAGCCUCGCCAACGCCCGAGUCAAGAACCCGAAGUGUAUCUGCGCAACCGCCUGCUACUCGAUCGACUCCACCGUCAGGGAAUCUAGCCGUCUCCACAGGAGCUACCGCAGCUGUUUCCCGCCCAGGGUCGAGCAAUGGAAGUCAAAGCCCAACCCGGGAUGCCGAACGACGUGGGCGUUUACGGAGAAGUUGGCUUCCGGGAGGAAGAUCGAGAUCACACUCCCAGGGUCAUACAAAUGUUCAUAGUUCGGCGGCAUGGAUUCUCGGCCAGAAUGCAGAUUACAACACGUCUUUCCUUUCCAACGGCGAAAAGGUGCCAGAGUUGUGGAAUGAGAGUGGAAAUGUAUUAAUCUACCUGGAUCCCAAAGGGGUUGGCGCGGGACCAUCGUUCAAGGUCCCUUCAUUUGUUGUGGAUUAUUCGCUGGUUUUUGCUGAGCUCAUCGAAGCGGAGAUGGUAUCUCCAACCAGCUCAGGGAGGAGUCGCGCUCGCAGCUUCCUUGGCCGAGACAGCCUUUCUAUCGAAGACGCGACCCGAAGGGUUCAAUCACCUCCCUUACCCGAGUCCGAUUGGAACGGGGAGUCGCGCCUCUAUCUCCCUGUGUCCAUGUCCACCCCAGGCCAUAGGUCACAAGCCGACAUGGAGCGGUUGAUAUCGAUUCGGAAUAUGUUCGCGUUUCUGACCGGCCAGCCAUUAGUAUGCACUAAGGAGCAGCCCACCCUAUUCAACGUGUUCCUCCAUAUCUCCGCCUUGUUGAAAGAGUUCGAGUUUACGAACGCCGACGGCUCAACUUUCGGCGAUGCCGUCGAGAUGAGCUUCGGCUUUUUCAUGGACCAGAUGGCUCUUGCGGAUGUGAGACAUAGUAGGGAGAAGACAUUAGAGUCGCUCAUUCUAGGCGAGCGGAUGCGGUCGAUGACCCUAUACAAUGAAGCGUUUGCUCACGCCGUGGGAAAAUAUUCGGCAAUUCGAGACCUGAACUCUCCUUUAUGGAACCAGGUGUCUCGUACUACUCGCGAGCGAUUAGAACGCGCAUAUUUCGAACUAGUGACCCGCCAGAACGGCGUCAAUAACAGGUUGGAGUCGUUUGAAUUCCCUGCCCUAUUCUCCGGCGUCGCCAACUCCACGUCGAAUCCAGAUUACAAGGACGUCAAGUUCCACACUUGGAAGAGGUCUUUCGGCAGGAUGAGACAGUUUGUUCUCGGCUAUUACAAGUCAAAUUUCGGGAGCUGGCCCCCGAAGGCCCGCAGCAAGAAGAACCCGUUCACCGAGAGUGGUCUGAAUAGACAGGUCCUUAAAAUACUCUACUCGGAUUUUUGUGCGCUGUACGAUCUGCUCGUCGACCGCGAGUCGAUAACGACACGGGUGAUUGACCAGGAGACGGCCAGCGAGCAUAAGAAUCCCCACCUCUCGGCUUUGCGUAAAGUUCUCGGAGAGUUCGACCAGUCUUCGCCUCCUGUGCUUCCUCCGAUCCCAUUUGAUCUUCCCAAGCUACCCGACAUGACCAGCGUUCAAGAGAACUAUUACGAACUUUCCCACAGGGACCGAGCGCGCCUAGACAAGAAUCUGCAAGAAUAUCAGAUGCUCUUGAUUCUAAACAAGGCCUACGAUUUCGAAACAUACAAACUCCAGAUUCCAUUCCUUACGGAAUUCAAGGAAUUCGAACAUAAAGAGGCUAAAGGGAGGACAGCUGCGGAGAUGGCGGAUCAGCGCAUGGGCUAUUGGUUGUUCCUCUACGUCGUCAUUCAGUCGCUCCCCAUGUUAGUAGUAGAUGCUCCUGGCCUACAAUUCACGGAAGGUGUGGAGUACUUUCUGUGUCAACCACCGAGAGGCCAACCGCCAUGGAUAGAAGACGCACCCUCGGUACAGAAGAGAUGGUACGAAGUGGCCGGCGGCGGUGGUUUGGUGGAGCUUUCGACCGACGCCGUGGAAUUCAGUAUCGAGGGCAUCUACCACCGGAGUCACUGCUGGUUGGCGGCUAAGCGCUGGGAGCUUGGGGACGACACCGCGCCUCCGCCGCCGCAAGAGAGUCUUUCACCACUACAAGCGCCACAGUCUGUUUUUACGGAUAUGGAUCCCGGCGUUUCGACGAGUCCGGCUCCCAUCAAUCGAAGCGAAUCCCCUCAGGCAGGCCCCCCAGGAGUAGCGCUGAGGCAAAGAACGGCGUCUCCGGGCACUAGGCAGUCUUACCGAAGCAGUAUAGCUUUCGGGCUCGAGCCUGUCCCGCUUCCUACGGAUGGCGUGCCGGGGUCGCGGAUUGUCAGUGCUAGAGGCGUGUCACCGGUCCAACGACCAAUCAGUGCCAUGAUGAAUCGUAGUAGGUCCUCAGGUAACCUAACUGGUCUCCCAGAUUCUCCGGUUUACCCACAUGCCGAGUCGCGGAAUAGUUCACGGCAAGAUUCCGUCGGUGGGAGCACGUUUGACGACAUUUUGAAAGAUAUGGAUCAGAAGCCGAAGAAGAAGAGAGGUUUCUUCUAAUAAUUGCAUUCACGACUUACGAUUUCGUCCCUUAUCUGAAUUUCUUUUUGCUAUGUUUUCCCUUGGGAGACUGGGUUUUGAAUGGGUUGAGGUAUGCAUGGUCUACGAAUUAUAGUGGGCAUAUAAAGGACGUCGGGAAAAUCAUACACAGUAGCACUUGCAUAAAACGGAUUCAUGGUUGAUUUAAAAUACAUACAUACCGUAAUUUCUCGUCAACUAGACGAUACUUAUAUGUAGUCAAUAAGCAUAACAUCAUAAGUGGAUUAUUCCUGAAUAGGAGUUGUAAUCCAUCUACGUUGGUGAAAGUCAUC